UUCGUGUGGUUUCAGUUGUCCAUUUCAUCGCUCAACAAAUCGGUCGUCUUCAACUUCAAGUAAAAAUGAGUGCAGUGCUGGCAACGAUUUUGAUCAUUUCGGUCAUUUUUAUAAUCUACGGAGAAAUACGAAAAUGGUUUAUCAAAAGAAAAAUGCGGAAUUUUGAAUCGCCGAAACAAUUGCCCAUUUUGGGUGUAGCUGGCCGGGUAAUCGGAAAAUCAAAUGAAGAAUUUAUAAAUAUAGUGUUUGAUAUAUUUGACGAAGUGAAAUCGACGCCGAUUCAAGUGUGGUUUGGUCCAUUUUUAGCGAUUUUUAUAUCAGAACCACCAGACAUUGAAACCAUUUUAACAAGCGAUGAUUGCCUGAAUAAGCCGUAUCUUUACGAACACAUGAAAUGUAAAACGUCGAUCAUCGCAACCAAUCGUGAAGUAUGGAAGCCACAUCGUCGUGCGCUGAACACAGCAUUCAAUUUGAAAAUUUUACAAAGCUUUGUGUCAAUAUUUAAUCACAAAUCGUGCAUUAUAAUCAAACAAAUGGAACCGUUUCUUCAAGAACCUGGCGACUUGUAUCGAACAAUUUUCAUUGGAAUGAUUGAUAUGAUAACCAAAACAACAAUGGGAACAGAAAUGAACUUACAGUUGAACGGACGUGGUGUAGUUUUGUACGACAUUGUAAAAUCAGUCAUGAAUAAUAUUCAAUACCGAAUUACAAGAUGUUGGCUGCGAUGGGAUUUCAUGUGGAAUAUAUCGAAAGUUGGCCGCGACGAAAAGAUUCCAUUAAAAAACGGCAACCGUUCCAUUGAUGAGAUAUAUGAGAAAAAAGUGAAUGAAUUAAGGUUGUUAAAAUCGCAGGGAAUUGACUAUUUAGAGGAAGCCAAAGAGAAAAAUGCAACAAAUAUUCUCGAAAAAUGCCUGAUUUUGGAACAAGAAGGAGUAUUCAGCCAUGAAAAUGUUUUGGAUCAAAUGCGUGUGAUCAUUCUAGCUGGCAUUGAUACAUCAUCAAUCACUGUAUUUGGCACUCUAUUGAUGUUGGCCAUCAAUGAAAAGCAUCAGGAUUUGGUGGUGGAGGAACUGCGAUCGAUUUUUGAUUCAGCCGAUUCGGAUGUGACACAAGAAAAUUUAUCUCGAAUGCAGUACUUGGAACGUGUGAUUAAAGAAACACUUCGAUUGCUGUCACCAGUACCAUUUAUCAUUCGAAAGCCAUCCGCCGAUAUUGAAUCGGCCAAAGGAAUUAUUCCUCGAGGUGCAUUUGUUGUAAUUAAUAUUUUGCAUUUACAUCGGAAUCCAAAGAUUUGGGGUGAAAACGCGCUUGAAUUUGAUCCAGAUCGAUUCUUACCCGAAAACAUUGCAAAACGACCACUAUUUAGUUACAUCCCAUUUUCAGGAGGAGCCAGAAAUUGUAUUGGAAUGAAAUACGCUAUGAUGUCGACCAAAAUAACUCUCGCCCAUAUGCUGCGGAGAUACAAAUUCAUCACGAAUUUGAAGUUCGAAGAUAUUCGUUUGAAGACACACCUUGUACUCGAAGUAAUCAAUGAAAAACCACUUCGAAUGGAAGUUCGUAAUUUUAUUACAAUCAAAAUGGGCGUCGUGAUAGCAAUAAUUUUGAUAAUUUCCAUCAUUUUUAUUAUUUACGGAGAAAUUCGAAAAUGGUUUACCAAACUAAAACUACGAAAUUUCAAAUCACCGAAACAAUUACCCGUUUUAGGUGUAGCUGCCCGAUUCAUCGGAAAAUCUAGUGACGAAUACAUAGACAUUAUAUUUAAAGCCAUUGAUGAGGUAAAACAAACAUCUAUGAGCCUAUGGUUUGGACCAAUUUUGAUCAUUUUAGUUUGUGAACCGCAAGAUAUUCAAAUUCUUCUAUCAAGUGAUGAUUGCCUGAAUAAGCCAUAUUUUUACGACCACGCAAAAUGUAAAACCUCGAUCAUCGCAACCAAUCGGGAAAUUUGGAAGCCACAUCGUCGUGCGCUGAACACAGCAUUUAAUUUGAAAAUGUUGCAAAGUUAUGUGCCAUUAUUAAAUCACAAAUCGCGCAUUCUAGUCAAACAAAUGAAACCGUUUCUUCAAGAGCCUGGCAAUUUUUAUCGAACGAUCUUCAUUGGAAUGAUUGAUAUGAUUAUUCGAACAACGAUGGGAACGGACAUGCAUUUACAAUCGAACGGACGCGGUGCAUUUUUAUAUGACGUUGCUAAGUUAAUUAUGAAUAAUAUUCAAUACCGAAUUACAAGAUUUUGGCUGCGAUGGGAUUUCAUGUGGAAUAUAUCGAAAGUUGGCCGCGAUGAAAAGAUUCCAUUGAAAUACGGUAAUCAAUUCAUUGAUGAUAUAUACGAAAAGAAAGUGAAGGAAUUACAGUCGUUGAAACCCCAAGUUAUUAAUUAUUUAGAGGAAGCCAAAGAGAAAAAUGUAACAAAUAUUCUCGAAAAAUGCCUGAUUUUGGAACAAGAAGGAGUAUUCAGCCAUGAAAAUGUUUUGGAUCAAAUGCGUGUGAUCAUUCUAGCUGGCAUUGAUACAUCAUCCAUCACUGUAUUUGGUACUCUAUUGAUGUUGGCCAUCAAUCAAAAGCACCAAGAUUUGGUGGUGGAGGAACUGCGAUCGAUUUUUGAUUCAGCCGAUUCGGAUGUGACACAAGAAAAUUUAUCUCGAAUGCAGUACUUGGAACGUGUGAUUAAAGAAUCACUUCGUUUGUUGUCACCAGUACCAUUCAUUGUUCGUAAACCAUCCGCCAAUAUAGAAUUGGCUAAAGGAAUUAUUCCUCGAGGUGCAUUUGUUGUAAUUAAUAUUUUGCAUUUACAUCGGAAUCCAAAGAUUUGGGGUGAAAACGCACUUGAAUUUGAUCCAGAUCGAUUUUUACCCGAAAACAUUGCAAAACGACCACCAUUUAGUUACAUCCCAUUUUCAGGAGGAGCCAGAAAUUGUAUUGGAAUGAAAUACGCUAUGAUAUCGGCCAAAAUAACUCUCGCCCAUUUGCUGCGGAGAUACAAAUUCAUCACGAAUUUGAAGUUUGAAGAUAUUCGUUUGAAGACACACCUUGUACUCGAAGUAAUCAAUGAAAAACCACUUCGAAUGGAAGUUCGUAACUUUUAGAAGGGACAUAUAGCAAUGUUCACAGUGGUCAAUUUUCAGAGGGUGGUAAAUUAUUUUGCAGCAGAGGAACUAAAGUGCAGUUAAAUGAAUAAAUAUAUUUAAAAAUGUAUAGUAAAAAUGACAUGAGAAGUUUUUUUUUUAAUUGACAAAUUUCAUC